AUGCAAUCGUUAUCUUUCCACUUUGGCUGCAAGCCACCGUGUGCUGUGAGACUUAAGGUCCUGACGGAACAACCUAACACAAAAAGGUUACACGCGACGCCCUCAACCUCACCCAAUUUUUCACUUAUCAUCAAACGCGUGAGCCGUCUUCUAUGUUUCUUAACCGCAUUCUUUAUAUCGCCCGUCUCCAC